ACUGUAGGUGUGAUGUGUAUGUCACAGAGGUAACAGGUGGGGUGAGAGACAGGCACAGGACAGAACUGAGACAUAGCAGUAAGAAAAGGAGUGCGUGAGGAAAAGAGUGUUUGAGAGAGAAAGAGAUAUAUUGUCUGGAAGAGUCGGAAAUACCGAAAGAGAAAGGGGGUAACAAUAUAAAUGGCAGAGGCCCCGAAAAUUGAACUCUUCAUCAAGGCCAGUGAUGAUGGGGAAAGUGUGGGGAACUGUCCAUUCUGUCAGAGGCUCUUCAUGAUCCUCUGGCUGAAGGGCGCCAACUUCACCCUCACCACUGUUGACAUGAAGAGGGCGCCUGAGGUGCUGAAGGACCUGGCGCCAGGCUCCCAGCCCCCCUUCCUCAUCUACAACGAGGAGGUCCGCACCGACACCAACAAGAUUGAAGAGUUCCUAGAGGAGGCCUUGGCUCCCCCCCAGUACCCCAAGUUGUGCUGUCGCUACAAGGAGUCCAACAGGGCUGGAGAUGACAUCUUUCACAAGUUCUCAGCUUACAUCAAAAACCCCAACCCAGGACUCAAUGAUAUGUUGGAGAAGAAGUUUCUGAAGAGCUUGAUGAAGUUGGACCAGUACCUGCUGACCCCUCUACCAUAUGAGCUGGACCAGAAUCCUGACAUGUCUCAGUCCUCCAGAAUCUACCUGGAUGAGAACUCCCUCAGCCUGGCUGACUGCAACCUGCUGCCCAAGCUCAACAUUGUCAAGGUGGUGUGCAAGAAGUACAGAGACUUUGAGAUCCCCGCAGCCCUUAAGGGCUUGAGCCGUUACUUGGACAAGGCCUACCAGCAGGAUGAGUUCCAGCUCACUUGCCCCAAGGACUCAGAGAUCCUCCUGGCCUACCACUCUGUGGCCAAAUACCUCAACAAGUAAAGCGGGAUAGACAGAGGUUGGGGAAUGAACGGGGGAAGGGAGGAGAUGGGAGGGGAUGGAUACACGGGAUGUAGGAAAGGGGGGAGUGGGAGAGGGACUACAAUAGAGAGGGGGAGGAAAGGGACACUGAGUGGAGAAACAGAGAAACAGAAAACAAUGGAGAAAAUGGUGAUCAAAGCUAAAGAACAAAGCUUUUCUGUUGCAGUAAAGCUGUGUGUGCUGGGGAUCUACUCAUGUACAAUCAAAUUGUGUGUUACUUCUUAUGUUUAUGCAGAUAAUAAGUAUUUACUUAAUUUCUCGCUGACGUUAUGGUCAAUGCUACAUGAAUCAUUUCUAUGGAUAAUUGUUUGUGUAUGUGUGUAUGUUUGUGCUCGCCUGCUGAAUGUCAACAAAUGCUAUCAUAGUCUAAUAAUAUUGCCCAGCACAUUGAGUGUGCUCUGUUGACCAAAACCUACCUAUAUUGCAUGUAUUUCUAAGUAAUAACAAGAAAGGUUUGGCACAGACACUGUCCUUAAAUAAAUCUUAAUGAUUGUUAAAUAAUACAAUGACUUGUACAAUGAAUAUACGAGUGUUUGUGAGACACAAGCUUAUGAACUA